AUGACAUGUACUCUAUACGCUGUUUUCUUGCAGAUGAUAAAACUAAUUCAAGGUGAGUGGUACUGGAAAGAUGAUACUAACACCCUUGAAUUUGCAAGUUCCAAUCCAGCAACUGAGGAAAACCUUAAGGAAGGAAAAAAACACCGGCUUUCAGGAAAUGCGUGUGAAGACAUUAAAGAGAUCGCUCAGAACGAGGUAAUAAUUCUCAUCUACUCCAAAGAGUACUUAGCAUCUUCCAAGAUUAGUGCUGGAAGAAGGCAGGCUGAUAAAGAGGGAAAAUUGCAAGGGCUGUCCAAGUGGGUACAAUAGGAAUACCUUACGUUGGAUGAUGUAAAAUAUUUUUUACUUUCGAAAGAAGCAAAUGAGCAAACAUUACCAUUUGCAGCAGUUGUAAGGAAUGAGAAAGUGGAUGAGUCCUUCCUGGCCCUGCUCUUCUACCUAUCUCUUCACCAGGAAAUAAUUGCCUUGGAAUAAAAAUGCAGAUCCUUGAUUUUGAGGAGCAGGGACAGGCAAGAAAACUCUGUUUCUGAAGGUGGAGUUCUGAGAUCUUGUGACUAUGAUAUUUUUGGAGAAGAUGUGCUGGUGAAGUUAGGUGUAUCCAGGAUCUACCUUGCCAAGGUGUACUGUAACCUUAUCCUUGGAUGAGGUAUGGCAGAGCAGAACCACAUGCCCAGUGAAAAGAGAAAAACAUCAUUGCAGAAAGAUUGGAACUUCUUUGAAGGCUUCUACAUCUUCAGCAGCUAUGUGGGUUGGCUUGUGUUCAGAUGGAAGUGCUUCCAAGUGAUUUGGGAAGAAAUCAGCAGGCUCCUUUGCUCUGAUGUGUUUGAUCCUGCUCUAAGAGACAGGAACAAUGAUGACUUGCAGAAAGCAGGAGACCAGACUGAGUGCGAUUGCAACACCUGCAUUUGUUUUCUUUGAAGGAAAGUCCAUGCCAAGCAUCCUUUUAUAAACAGCAUGGUUCACCAUCGCUCGCCAGUGCUCAGCACCCCACUCCCCUGCCCAAAGGACAGUGCUCCAGACCUCUCCCAGAAAUACUGCUGUCAGGGCAAAGCAGCUACUGUCCAUCAUAGUGCUUUGUUAAAAAUCCUAAGUUUUCUGAGGAAAGGAAAUAGGCAUUAA